AAGUGUGGGAACCUCUGAAGUUUGAACUGAGCAUUAUCUUACACAAUCUUUUGGUUUAUCCUUUAUUUAAUAUAGAUUUUAACUAAGGUGGUUUCACCUAAAGUGAGUAAAUACUUUUUAAUAGGUUGCCUUUUAAAUAUUGAAUCAAUCAAAAUAUGAUACUUCACUAAUUUUCAAAUCUACUUAAACAUAAGUUACAAUUGAGCAUUUAAAUUGGCCUCAAUUGGUGUUUGUUUAAAAGAUUAAAGUUACGAAAAGUUUACUUUUAUACUCAGUGGUUUCAGAUAAAUUGAGGAUGUUAUUAUAAUUGGAAAACAUGAACAUGCUUUGCUUGACACAUUUUGAAAUGUUUUCUCUAAAACAUACUUUUCGCAAUUUUCAGUCACUAUUCACUGUCUGGUGCACACGAAACGGUUAAUCUUUAGUCGUUAUCAGUUUUAUAUUAUUCACAUUUAAAGUGAAUUGUGUCGUAAACUCAAGAGGACAAGCUGCAUCACCUUGUACCCACCCACCUGUGCUUCCGUUUGUUUCUACCUGUGUCACUGAUCGGGUGUACGUACGUUGCUGUGACAGAGAGGCUGACAGUCAACACGACAUAUUAAUAUUUCAGGACUUUCGGCUGUCUCUCCUCCACUCUCAAAUCCGUUCCGUGUGUUUCGCACCUCUUUUCUGCUGUUGUUUAAUUAGGCGACUGAUGCAGGAUUGAGUUGCAGUGACACAAGCCGUGAUAACUUAGCCGAAAUCCAGGAAUCACAGAGAGUCUUCAUUACAGAACAAGUACAGUCAGUUGUGUAAGUUUUUACGACGAUAUCGUAAUUAAUGUAAAUGAAGUCUCAGCCGACAGUGACCAUGCUUUUGUUAAAUUAACAAUCCGCCGUAGCGACAUAUGGAUAUUUCUCAGUAAAAAUGCACCACAGCGGAAGUUUAUUGUUGCUCAUGCUUAGCAUCAUUUUAGGGAGUGCAUGUGGUGACUCCAGAAAACCCUCAUUACCCAAGACCAUCAUCAGACAGAGUGAGACGAGCUCCAGGAGUGAGGAUGAAUUUGAGAGGAAUUUGAAAGUCCUGAUAGAGAACAUCAGAUCCUUGUCAAGAGAAGAAAAUAGCAUGAGCAAAAUGACAUCAGCAUCCCAUGAAAGAAUCGCAAUUGACAGCACUAACCUAGACACUUACUCCUCAAUAUUCAACAGUUUAUUCACUAUAUACCAGCCGAUGCUGAUUGACAGUUUCAUUGAAACUCUUCCUAAGACUUUAAUUUGUGUUUUGGCAGACAGACAGCACUGUGGAUGGCAAGCAGAUUUAACUAGUACCGUUUCAUCUUCAUUGAGUGAACAGAUACUUUCUGUGAUCUCCUCUGUUAAAUCUCAAGCCUGCAUGUCAACAUCUAAUCUGCGAAUGGCAGACUCCUCCAUUUCUCAGUUAAACUCUGUUCAGGAGAUGUUGACAAAUGUUUUGUCCUCAGACCUCCCGAUUUAUCUGCUGUCGGAGAACUUUUUAUCCCUAUGGAAUAGUUUCAUGGACAUGACAAUUCCAACUUUGAUGUCCUUUGUGUCUGAAUUCAUGUUGAAUGCGCUUCAAACUCCAGUGGAUUUUCUAAAACUCGGAUUACAGUUUGGCAUAGAGAUCCCUACCAUAGACCAGAGUGAGAAGUGUCAACAAGGUGACCUCAAACAGCUCAUCAUGUGGUAUGUCACAGGAAGCAGAAAUAUCAGUGUGCCGGCUCUUUUUCAUUUCAUGUCUCUGGAAGCCCAUAUUCCUGUUACACAUUUGAAUAAGAAUAUUACUUUACAAUAUAAUGAUGUAUCAUUGAUCUUACUUUAA